UUCAUUUUAAGAUGGGCGAAACAUGAAGUCCAUCUCAGACGCUGGUGCAUGCACGGAGUUUUGUUCCUCUCACUCUGCCUGAUCCGUGUUCUGUUUUUAUCUUUACGUCAAGAAAGAGAGAACAGCACAGAGGAGAAGAGGAACUCAAAAAAUUCCGAAACCGGAAGGCGAGUCCAAUUCGCGGCUGUGAACAAAAAUAACAACAAAAAGCCUCUUCCCCUUCCGUAGAGGAAUUCUCCCACUAAUCGCUGCCACCCUCCCAGUCUUCGCGCCAGCUUUCGCCUUUUCCCAAACUGCUCCUCCUCUCAAGCUUGUCCAAUGCCGGCCGUUUAAAGCCGACGGCGGGCCUCGAAGCUUUACUUUGGUUCUUGAGGCCGUUUGUGGUGAUCAGAGUUCUUUUUUCUUGAUUCUUGAUUGGAUUUUGGUGGGAAGUUGGGAUUUUGAUACCGUCUCUGAGUGUCUUCUGGGAUUUUUCGAUCAAAAGGAGAAUCUUUUUGGGUGUUGGGAUUUGUGGAAGAAAAGGAAGGUAAUAUAACCUUGAAAGGUGGAGCCUUGAUUCAGACCAGAAGAGGAAGAAGGUGGGAGAACUUUGGGAAUUGGUUUUUAAGAAGUACUUGGUGGUGAUGGAGCGAGUUUAGUCACUUGGUGUCUGUAAUUGGUGAAGAAAACAAACAAGACAGGAAAAGAUCAAGAAUUUUGAUAUUUAAUAGCUCUUGAUGGCAUACAAAUCUUGGAAAGGACUCGUGGAGAAGAAAGAAAGCAAUACUCUAUACAGACUUUAUUCCGAAGAUCAUGAAUUUGACUGGCUUGGUCGUUUAUGAUGAUGCUUUUAUCUGAUUUGAAGUCGGUAAAAUUAAAGGAUAUCAGCAUCAAUUUGGAUUCGAUUGGUUCUUAACUUCAGGUUUGGAUACAUGUUGGUUCACCUCCAGCUUUCAAGUUAAUUUCAUUUUGGUAGAGCAGGAGACAUUCAUCUACCAUGGCAAAGAGAUCUCGCAGACGACUUGCACGGGCCAAGAAGGAUCGCACUGGCUGCAUAUGGGGUUUGAUUAGCAUGCUUGAUUUCCGCCAUGGGCAUUUUACUCGAAAAUUACUUAAAGACAAGAAGCAUGGAACUGGUAGACAUGUAGGCACUGGAUAUUCAAGGAGAACACUUAAUUUGUUGGGUAAUUUUGAAGACAAGCAUAAAGACAAUGAUGAUAUCAAUGAAGAGGAAGCAGGAAGGGCAAGUUUGGAUAUAAUAAGUGUCAAAACACUCAUGGAAGCAGAGAUGUUGAGAGAAAAUUCAUCGAAGAAGGUAUCUAAUGCUGAAGUCAGACAUGCAAGAUCCAAUUUGAAAUCCCAGAUUCAUCUUGAGGAUAAUCACAAGCAAAUAAGUAGGAACUCUAAGGCAACAUGUGAUCUUGAUGCCAAUGAUUUAAGGGCUUUCGCAAGCUUGGACCCUUGUUGGUCUGAUUAUCCAAAUCUGGUCGGUAAGUCUUCUAUCGAUCUCGAGCUGCCUGCACUGAUGGCAGAGUACUGUGUAGACAACUGCCGAUGCCAAGAAAAGCAUGUGGAUUGUAAGACUAAGACAAAUUCAAGUCCUGCCCUGAAACAUAUAAGUCAUAGCAACUAUAGUCAUCUUCAUGAGCAUCCCGGGCUUGCUCAAAAGCACUCCAUUCUUCAAAAGGCACUGCACAAUGAAGCUGAGACUUGGAAAAGUCAGAAAUUCAUUGACAUAAAACAGCUAAAUAGUAAUGGAGUAGUCCGUGAAUCUAAGGACUUUGUUGAAGCAUUGGAAACAUUAAAUUCAAAUAAAGAGCUACUUUUGAAGCUUCUUCAAGAUCCAGAUUCACUUCUGUUGAAGCACGUCCAAGACUUCCAAAACUCUCAGGCUGGUAAACCAGCAACACUGGAAUCAUCAAAGAAUUUUGAAGGAGGCAAAUUGUUAGGCGAAGAGAUUAAAAGCUCAGGCCAAUGUGAGCAAUCCAUCAACCAUAAGCACUUACAUUAUCCUGUUAGAAAAAUAGAUGAGUCAAACAGCACAAAGCUGUCGAGGAAGGGUGGUAAUUCCAAGAUGUUAGAUAGAAUAGUAGUUUUAAAACCCAGUCCAGCAAGAAUUCAGAACUUGUCGGAUAUAAAUAGUUCCAACUCUUUACCUCAAUCGCAUCAAAGCUUACAGCAUCAGAAAGACACUGCAAAAGUUUCAUCCCAUUUUUCUCUAAAAGAAAUCCAGAGGAGGUUCAGACAUGCUCUAGGUGAGGGAAAAAAGGAGCAACAUUCAAUCACUACCGAUGGUAUUCUUCAUAAAAUUCCAUCUGGAUUUCAUGACUCAGGAGAUAAACGGAUUGCUAGGGAGAGUGUAGGCAUCAAUUUGCCAAGUAAAAAUUCUCCAAGAAUGGAACAUACUCCACCCACAGUUUUUGCAAGCAGAAGAGAUGAUAGAACCAAGCCAAGAGCAAGCCAGCCUAACAUCAAGGAUGAAUUCAGUUCAACAAGGACCACUCAUCACAGAAGACUGAACUCAGCAGCUGUCGCUGAAUCACCAAAUAGGGAAUCUGUCCUUAAAGAUGAGACCAAAAAACGUCUUUCCGAGAUGUUAUAUAGUGUGGAAAAGGAUCAAGUUUUGACAACCCGAGGGAUCUCGAAAACCUUGGGAAGAAUACUUUCACUGCCAGGAUAUAACUUGUUAUCUCCUAGAUUGACCCCUGGAAGAGACAAGGAGCCAGACUUGUUAUCUCAACAGAUGAGAUUGUCUUCUAUGCAGCAACUAACACAAGAAAAUGAUACCAACCUGUCGAGCCCAUCAAGCCAGAAUUUAGAAACUCCACCAUCUACACCACUUAUUGAUGCUGAAUGGCAGGCUGGAGAAGAAUUGAAUUCAGAGGGUAUUAUGGAGGAUGUGGAAAUAACAGAUAACAUAUGCAUGGAAGAAAUCAGGCAUUUGGAUGUCUCAGAAGCUGAUGACAAUAAGUUCAGCGUUAUUAGUGAAGGUUGCAACAAAGAAAGAUCUUAUAUGCAGCCAGGAUUGGAGCCAUAUGAAGAGAUGUCACAACUGGAGAACCUACCCAUUUCAGUCUCACGAGGCUCUUCACCCGUACAUAAAGUAGAAUUACCUCGAUGCAUCGUAGAAAACCCAGAGCAGCCAAGUCCAGCAUCUGUUCUUGAACCCUUCUUUUCAGAUGAUAUUAUUAGCCCUCAGAGUGCAACAACUGAACCAACUAAGUUUCCUAUGCGGCCCCGACAAAUUCAUUUUGAAGAACAUGACAAUCCUGCAGUGGUUGUAACCUCAUCAGUUUCAGAAGUCAAUUUAAGAACCUUUGAGCAUGAGAAGGUAGCUAAUUUCAAAUAUGUAAGAACUGUGUUGGAAGCCUCAGGGUUAAGCUGCGACCAAUUUCUAGAGCAGUGGUGUUCAUCAGAACAAUUGCUUGAUCCAUCCUUGUUUGAUGAAGUGGAGGUGUCGCAUAGUCCAAUGCCAGAUAAUCCAAAGCUUAUUUUUGAUUGCAUCAGUGAAGUUCUUGUGGAGAUCCAUGAGAGAAUUUCCAGUGGCAGCCCUUGGAUGUCUUUCAUCAAACCAUGCGUCCGGCCAUUCCCACUAGAAGAAAAAUUCAUCCAAGAAGUGUACAAAGGCAUUGAUCGGCAUCUCCAAUUGCAGGUUCCAUGCACGUUAGAGAAGACAGUUGAAAAAGAUAUGAAUGUUGGAGCUUGGAUGAAGCUCCGGUUUGAAAUUGAAAGCGUUGUCAUUGAGAUGGGAGAUGCCAUCCUAGGAGAUUUGAUUGAAGAAACUGUCAUCAAGCUCUGGGUGUAGUCUCUUUGUUCUACUAGGGAUUUGUUUCAUUAUGUUUUAAGGAUGAUGAACAAAGUGCAGUCAGAGCUAAAAUACCGGCAAGCCUUCAAAAUGUAAAGUCAUUUGGAAAUGACUCCAUUGUAGUCUAAGUUCUUAGGUGGCUGUACUGGUUUUUGAGGGCUCAGUACACCAAAUACUUCAGAGUUUUGGAGGUGGUUCGCACCAUUCUACAGAUUGAACGGGCUCAGGAUUCGGCUUUGGCCGAGUAUCUACUAGUUUGGUCUUUA